GGCAGUGAAUUUCGGAACGUAUUACAGUUUACAAAGAUAAGUGCGUAAAAGAAGGUGAUCACUUAACAUUCGUUAUGAAGGGAAUCCUGUAUUUACUCUUUAUAAUCUCGAAUUUAUGCGAGCAAUAUGUAAUAGCUGAACAUGAGGAAGACACGUCUACGGAUUUAUACGUGAUCGAGGGAAAAGUGUUCCCUUGGGACAAUACGGCAUCCACCGGAUGGCAACUCAUGACACAUGUAAUGGCAAACGGUGGUGAACAUUAUGGAUUUUUAAGGGAGGAUGGUACAUUUAUAAUUACGAACGUUCCAUCCGGAUCGUACAUGGUCGAAGUGGUAAAUCCAAAUUACGUUUACGAGCCAAUCAGAGUAGAAAUUAAUUCAAAGGGAAAAUUUCGAGCACGGAAAGUGAAUCUGAUACAGACGUCACAAGUUAUUCAAGUACCUUAUCCCUUAAAAAUGAGACCUUUAGCACCAUUUCGAUAUUUCCAAGUCAGGGAGCAAUGGCGAAUGACUGACUUUUUGUUCAAUCCUAUGGUCUUAAUGAUGGUUCUGCCACUUAUACUAAUCAUGAUAUUGCCAAAAAUAAUGAGUGAUCCUGAAACUAAAAAGGAAAUGGAGCAAUUAAAUAAUCUCACCAUUUAUAACAUGCCAGAAAUGUCCGAAGUAAUAACAUCUUUUUUCUCAAGAACAGAAAAGCAAAAAUCAAAGCCCAUAAAAGCUCCGAAGAAGAGGCAAUAAUAGUAUUGCUCAUAGCUAAUUGUAUGUUUAAUCUAGUCUGUGAAAUAUCUUUAAGAAAAAGAUGAUAUUGACAUUUUACAUAAGGCACUUUUUGGAAAAUGCUGAAACGUUAUAACAGUUUGCAUCGAGUUUUGCAGAAUGGCAGUAAUUAAUAUGCUCUGUGUACUAUUACUGUUCUAUCAAUAGUUAAGAAGCACUUGGUAUAUUACUGGUUGAAUGUGCUUUAAUAAUUGCAGAUAAUUUCGUAUUUCUUAAUAAUUACAAUCUAUAUUUAUGUAAAUAGGAAUUGUAGUAAGUGUUAUACCACGA